CAUUUCGCCAUUUAUGGACUGUUUAACUGGAUUGCAGCAUUGGUUACAAUGGACCAGUUUCAGUGCGGUCGUCAAAAGUAGCCGCAGUGUCGGAGUCACUCGCAUUACGCUCCGACGAUAUGAGACAGCAGAGCGGAGUGCUUCCAAACACACGGAUGCAGCCGGAGCUGUCCUCGUUAAUUUAACUUGUGUAUCAUUUGGAUUGAAUGUUCAUCGGUCUGUUGGCUGGCACUGGGGACAGUUGGUUUGUGGAAAAGAGAAAUCCCGGGAGCGCAUACAAAGGAGGCAAGAAUAAAACUGAAAACCCAGCAACUUCGUAAGCGUCCACGCGAUGGGUAGUCGAGGGCACUAUCGAUACCACUGGCAGAGCCACAAUGUCAAGCAGAGUGGAGUGGAUGACAUGGUCCUUUUGUCCAAGAUCACAGAAGACUCCAUUGUAGAAAACCUGAAAAAGCGAUACAUGGAUGAUUACAUAUUUACAUACAUUGGACCAGUGCUUAUCUCUGUUAAUCCAUUUAAACAGAUGCCAUAUUUUAGUGAAAAAGAAGUAGAAAUGUACCAGGGAGCAGCGCCAUAUGAGAAUCCACCUCAUAUUUAUGCCCUUGCUGACCAUAUGUAUCGAAACAUGGUGAUAGAUCGUGAAAAUCAAUGUGUCAUCAUCAGUGGUGAAAGUGGUGCUGGGAAAACUGUGGCUGCAAAGUAUAUCAUGGGCUAUAUUUCAAGAAUUUCUGGAGGUGGCCCAAAGGUUCAGCAUGUCAAAGACAUCAUACUUCAGUCAAAUCCUUUGCUGGAAGCCUUUGGUAAUGCAAAAACAGUGAGAAAUAACAACUCCAGUCGUUUUGGCAAAUACUUUGAAAUUCAGUUCAGCCCUGGUGGGGAGCCGGAUGGUGGAAAAAUAUCUAAUUUCUUACUAGAGAAAUCCAGAGUUGUUAUGAGGAAUCCUGGUGAACGAAGCUUCCAUAUUUUUUACCAGUUAAUUGAGGGGGCAAAUGCAGAGCAAAGAAGCAACCUUGGAAUUACUUCCUUAGAAUAUUACUAUUAUCUCAAUCAGUCUGGAUCCUAUAAAGUAGAUGAUAUAAAUGAUAAGAGUGACUUCCAGGAAACAAUACAUGCCAUGAAUGUGAUUGGAAUCUUUUCUGAUGAACAAGCAAUGGUCCUUCAAAUAGUGGCAGGAGUUCUUCAUCUGGGCAAUAUAACUUUUAAAGAAUCUGGAAAUUAUGCAGCAGUGGAAAGUGAGGAAUUUUUGGCCUUCCCUGCAUUUCUCCUGGGGAUUAACCAAAACAGAUUGAAGGAGAAAUUGACCAGCAGGCAGAUGGACAGCAAAUGGGGAGGGAAAUCGGAGAGCAUCAAUGUGACCCUUAAUGUGGAGCAGGCCUGUUACACCCGUGAUGCCCUUUCCAAAGCUCUGCAUGCAAGAGUCUUUGAUUUUCUUGUUGAUUCAAUAAACAAAGCCAUGGAGAAGGAUCAUGAAGAAUACAAUAUUGGAGUGUUAGAUAUUUAUGGAUUUGAAAUUUUUCAGAAAAAUGGCUUUGAGCAGUUUUGCAUCAACUUUGUGAAUGAAAAACUCCAACAGAUCUUCAUAGAGCUGACUCUAAAAGCUGAACAGGAAGAAUAUAUCCAGGAAGGCAUCAAAUGGACACCUAUAGACUACUUCAAUAACAAGAUAGUAUGUGAUCUAAUAGAGAGCAAAGUUAACCCACCAGGUAUUAUGAGCAUAUUAGAUGAUGUGUGUGCCACUAUGCAUGCUGUGGGAGAGGGAGCUGAUCAAACACUGCUGCAGAAGCUACGGAUGCAGAUUGGCACUCAUGACCAUUUUAACAGCUGGAACCAAGGCUUCAUUGUUCACCACUAUGCAGGCAAGGUCUCUUACGAUGUGGAUGGAUUUUGUGAAAGGAACAGAGAUGUUUUAUUUACCGAUCUCAUAGAGUUAAUGCAAAGCAGUGAGAUACCCUUUAUUAAAGCACUAUUUCCAGAAAGUCUUCAGGCAGAGAAAAAGGGACGUCCAACAACAGCAGGAAGCAAAAUCAAGAAACAAGCUAAUGACCUGGUGAGCACACUGAUGAAAUGCACUCCCCACUAUAUUCGCUGCAUCAAACCCAAUGAGACCAAAAAGCCAAAAGACUGGGAGGAGAGCAGAGUUAAACAUCAGGUGGAGUACCUAGGCCUGAAAGAAAACAUCCGAGUGAGAAGAGCAGGUUAUGCGUACAGGAGGAUCUUCAGGAAAUUUCUAAACAGGUAUGCCAUUUUAACAAAGGAAUCCUGGGCAUCUUGGCAUGGGGAUGAGAAACAGGGUGUUCUGCACCUUCUACGAUCAGUUAACAUCGACCCAGACCAGUUCCAACUGGGCCGAACUAAAGUGUUCAUUAAAGCUCCAGAGUCGUUAUUUUUGUUAGAAGAAACACGUGAAAGAAAAUAUGAUGGCUUUGCUCGCACAAUUCAGAAGGCAUGGCGGAAAUACACGGCAAGAAAACGUUAUGUACAGAUGAGAGAGGAAGCUUCAGAUUUGCUUUUAAACAGAAAAGAAAGACGGAGACACAGCAUCAAUCGAAACUUUGUUGGAGAUUACAUUGGUAUGGAUGACCGUCCAGAGUUGCGGAAAUUUGUGGGCAAGAGGGAGAAAAUUGACUUUGCAGACACUGUCACCAAAUAUGACCGAAGGUUCAAGGGAAUAAAGAGAGAUCUUAUACUUACCCCAAAGUGUGUUUACUUAAUUGGCCGAGAGAAAGUAAAACAAGGACCAGAAAAAGGUCAGGUGAGGGAGGUGAUGAAACGAAGGAUUGAGGUUGAAAGGAUUACAGCAGUGUCAGCCAGCACCAUGCAGGAUGACUUCAUUAUCCUUCACGAGCAAGAAUAUGACAGCCUUUUAGAGUGCACAUUCAAGACUGAGUUCAUAAGCCUUCUGGCCAAACGAUUCGAAGAGAGAACGCAACGAAAACUGCCUCUCAAGUUUAGCAACACUCUUGAUUUGAAAUUAAAGAAAGAGAACUGGGGUCCAUGGAGUGCUGGUGGCUCUCGCCAGGUCCAGUUUUUACAAGGACAAGGGGACAUGGCAAUACUGAAACCCUCUAGCAAAACACUGCAAGUCAGCAUUGGCCCAGGGUUGCCCAAAAACUCUCGUCCCAGUAAGAAGAACUUUGUACAGAGUGGAGCAAUUUCAAGACAGCAAUCAAGUUUUCCAGUCAGGGCAGCUCCGGCACCUCCAGGAUCUCACCAGAAUGGAAUGCUAAAGACCUCUCACAACAGCGUUCACAACAGUGUUCACCAUCGCCCUGCUCCAGGCUAUCUUCAGGCCCAACCAAAAGGAACUGGCAGCAAAAUGGAAAGACCUUCACUUCCUCAGCCUCAUAGCAUUAACAAGGAGAGGAACCAACGGCUGCAGCCUAAUUUGGACUUUCUGAGGGUGCCAGAUCAAGGAGCUGCAGGCAUCCGAGCUGGGCAGCCAACACCAAAGCAAAGAAUCAUUCAGAGGCAGAUGACCAACCGGCCUCCUCCUGGAGGUGGGAGACCCAAACCUGCUCCCAAACCCAAGCCUCAGAUGCCCCAGUGCAAGGCGCUGUAUGCUUAUGACGCCCAGGACACGGAUGAGCUCAGUUUCAAUGCUGAUGACGUUAUUGAAAUUGUCAGAGAAGAUGCCUCUGGAUGGUGGACAGGAAGGCUGCGUGGAAAACAAGGUUUAUUUCCUAACAACUAUGUCACGAAGAUCUAAAUGGCCUUCUUGCUGCUGCAUCAACUCCAAAUGAAGGAACUUCAGACGAUAAGCCAAGGAGGAAUUGGACAGUUGAAGGGUCGUGACCCCUGUCCCAUCGCAGGCUUGGCAGACUGUGGCAUAGUGGACAGAGCCGAAGUCUUUUCCACUCGUACUUGUGAAAGUCACACGACAAUUGUGAAGCACUGAACAAACUAUUUAUUAUAUUUAUGGCAGGUUUUAUUUCUUCCACCCAGUUCUUACAAAGUUCAUAUAAUGCAGGGAGAUUGUUAUUUAGACAGGUGCCUUAAUUUAUUGAGAAGAGGGGCCUUCUAAUCUUAAUGUAAUGAUCAUCUGCCGUUUCCUUUUCCUUCAGAAAGUUGCUGCUACAGUUCACACCAUUUAUUGCUAUUUGCCAGUGCGGCUGGAGUUUAAUGGUUUGCCGUCAUUCUGGCCAGUAUGAGUAAUGCGGUCCUCCAACUGAUAACCCAUUCACAGGGGUCUCCGCUCACGGAGUGACAUUUUGGACGUGUCUGCAGGUAACAGCUUGGAACCUCUGAAAUGUCCUGAUAACACACCCAGCAACCGCCAUGCUGACCACCCAACUAUUCCUAAUGUGGCGUGGUCCCAAAAUCCGACAUGACACACUCGGCUGGAUCUUUGAAUCCUAAGGAAUCGUUUUAUGUUAAUUUUAUAGUAUUAUUGUUCUUUAUUCUGUUACACUAGAGGGGAAUGCUUGUUCACAGUAGCAGAACAGAAACCAAAGCUUUUAGGGUCUUAAACCGUGUUCUUUUGUAUUUAUUGUUUUAUUUUAGCACUUCAAACUGCUGCCUAUCUGUUGUUCCAAGUUGACACUUUGGCACUUUGCUGUAAUCUGAAAUACUGGGAUGAAAGUUUGUUUUGUGUUUCUGUUUUCAUUAAAUAAUUUGGUUAGGCUAGUUGAAGUUCCCUUGUAUAGCGCACUCCCCACCCUUGAAGAAGCAGCUGCCAUCCAAUAGAAUUAAGGCAGCAGGCGCUCAUAAAGUGUCUGGAGUUGCGGCCCUCGGACGAUGUUGAUAUGGCUGGUCCAUACGUGUGGAUGUAGCAGGUUUAGUAGCCGUCGCUGUGUGAACCUGCCGUGUUGCACUCUACUUUAUAUUUUUUUUUGUUGUAUGAUAUAUUGCUUUAAAUAAACCUGGUACUUGUAUAGCAGCUUUUUGAACAAUUA